GCAGCGACUACCUCGUGUCAAGUAUUUCGAUUUGGUGUUGAUUUUCAAUUUACAAUAGUGUAGAAUAAAAUUAAGUAAUUUAUGUUCAUUAUGGUACAUUUGACGCUUUUAAUCGUUGCCCAUUUGGUGAAGCAAGCAGUACUUCGUGGCAUCCGUCAGCGCCAGCGGCAGCGUAACGUCAGCGUCAGCGUCAGCGUCAGCGGCACGGCGAGCCGUUAGCGCGUCGGAGGCCGUGAUCGUAAAGUGGGCGUGGCCCCGCCAUGCCUCCUCCCACCUGUCAAAGUGACCGCGCGACGUUGCGCAGUCGAGGCCGCGGGAUCGGGAGACGCGCGUGUGACGAGAGAUGACAUCGCGUCGCCCAAAACACCAGACAGAGACGGAGGGCCCGAAACAGGCGAACAGACGAACGGGCCGGCCGGCGGACGCCCGAGACGCCGGCGCCUCCGCACUCCGAGAGAACCUGACGAAACGUUGCGUCGAUUGUCGUUCGGUCGCCGGAGUGGGGGCAACACCGCUCUGGCCGUUGUCACUCAUUCAGUCUGCGGAGGCCCUGCGACACGGGAGGACGUCUCUGCCGAUCUAACCUCACUCACUGUCUGUUCAUUUGCAUUUUCACGUGUGUGACCAUCCGCCAUCCGCAACGAUGUAUACGAGUCCGCUUGUGAUGUAGUGCAGUGCCCCGUUGCUCCCCUUUUGCGAAUUGCUCUGCGGAAACAGUGUUAUGAACCUCUGAAGUGAAAGGCGUCAACAUUCUGCACCGGCCGAGGAGAAGACUCCACUCCGAUUGCGGCAAGAUGACCAGACGCAAACAGAACUGUCCCAAACGGAUGAAAUGGGAAGGUGGUGAAGAAGGAUCUCCGGAAGAAGGAGACAAAUUGGACGGCGAAGAAGACGUUGGAUCGAUGACUCCAACUUCCGCCGUCUCUCCUGCACCUCAGGACGAUGACCCACAAUCUCCGACACCCGGUGACAUGCCAUCGCCAGCUACACCGAAGUCUUUGAACGAAGAAAACUGCAGAGAUCGUAACUCGCGUUGCAACUCUCGAGACUCUGUGGAAUCACCGAUCCCUCCGAGAAGCCCUUCAGCCGAGUCGUUAAUGUCUGAAAGAGCCGCUCUGUUAAGGGGAGUACCCCUGGGCACUUCUUUGAGCCCCGUCGGCGUAACCCUUCCGCCGACGUUGCCGGCAGCAGCAGCCGCAGCUCUUCUACCACCGCAAUCCGCCGCCAUGGCUGCUUAUCUCAACGCUGCGGCUGCCGCGGUGGCUCAACAAUCGCACAGACUCAUGAUGACGUCUCCGCUACCGGCCAAUUUCAAUAGAGCUUCGAUAUCCCCGUUGGUUUCGUCUUCGUCCUCACCCCCGGGUUUGAUUCGUUCACCCGGCGAUGUACCCGUGCAGUCGCCCUCGGGCGAAGGCAUCCUGGACUUUAGCAAACGCAGUCACAAAAGUGACGCCGGAGACAGCGACUCGGACGUGGUGAACCUAAGCAAACCGGAUUCGCCGCCCUGCAGCGCAGAAAUCGGCAACGGUCCCCUGGAUUUAUCAGUGAGCAGUCGAAAACGUACUUCGGAAGAACCGCUAACUCAACCGCCGCAACGCAAAGCCAGAACGGACUACAAGCCUCAAAUACCCCAGUGGCCUGGCUCUUUGGGCGCUUCCCAUCUACCGUACUUCGCAGCCGCAGUAGCUGCGGCCAGCAGUCUGUCACCCAAAAGCAACACUCCGGAACUGUGGAACGGGAAAUUAAAACACGUCACGCCCACUCCAAGCGAUGCCACCAAGGCGCUCGAAAAAAUGAGCGAAUUGAGUAAAUUGGGAGGCGAAGAUCUGUUCCGUACGAUGGCGAACGCUGCGCCCGGAAACUCGGCCAGCAACAGACACAGCGCUUGGCAAUCCCACUGGCUGAACAAGGGAGCGGAGCAAGCGAAAGACGUGCUCAAGUGCGUGUGGUGCAAGCAGAGUUUCCCGAGUCUGGCCGCCAUGACCACCCACAUGAAGGAAGCGAAACACUGCGGCGUCAACGUUCCCGUCCCUCCGAUGCAAUCGCAAAACGUAAAUCCCCAACCGCCGCAGAUUUCGUCGCCCUCCCACUCAAACACUACCUCCUCUUCGAACUCGUCCAAGCCCAAUCCCUCAGACUUGAACAUGUUAAUCAAAGAGACGAUGCCUUUGCCCAGGAAAUUAGUUAGAGGUCAGGACGUGUGGUUGGGCAAAGGGGCGGAACAAACGAGACAGAUUCUCAAGUGCAUGUGGUGCGGCCAAAGCUUCAGAUCUCUGGCAGAGAUGACCUCUCACAUGCAACAAACCCAACAUUACACCAACAUCAUUUCUCAAGAACAAAUCAUCUCGUGGAGGUCGUCGGACGAAAAGGGUGGCGGAGGCAGCAGCAGUUCGGGAAGUAACCCUCCUCCGGGCGGCGCAAGCAGUCACGUAAGCGCCGUUCUGACUUGCAAAGUUUGCGACCAGGCUUUCAGUUCCUUGAAGGAACUCAGCAACCACAUGGUGAAGAACUCCCACUACAAAGAGCACAUAAUGAGAUCGAUAACUGAGAGCGGCGGAAGACGUCGCCAGACCAGAGAGAAGCGCAAAAAAUCGUUGCCCGUUCGAAAACUGUUGGAGUUGGAGAGGGCACAGCACGAAUUCAAGAACGGCGACAACGGAAGCAUCAUCGAUAAAAUGCGCGACUCUUCGUCGAUGGCCGGUAGAAUCACGUGCGAAAAAUGCGGCAAUAAAAUCGAGACGUCUCAAUUCGUCGAUCACAUCAGACAGUGCGUCGGAGGCAUGACGAGCAAUCAGAGAAACUUUCUCAAAAACGCUCUGAUGUCCAACAAUAUUCUACCUCCGGAAAGUCCGAACCGAGACAAAAUCAAAACCCCCAGCGACAAAUCGCCGUCGCCACAACAAAGGUCGCCGUCGGUGACCGAUCUGAGUUCCAAAGAAUCCGCACCGUCGACCGACAACAACAACGGAUCGUCUCCGUCGGUGCUCAACGCCAUUGAAAAACUGAUCGAGAAGAGUUUCGACUCGAGAUCUCGACAAAACGCCUCUUUCCCCGGUCACAAUCCGGGCACCGCUCCCAUGGGAUCCAGCAUACUGAAAAGGUUGGGAAUCGACGAGAGUGUGGACUACACCAAACCGCUGGUGGACGCCCAAACCAUGAACCUGCUGAGAAACUAUCAUCAGCAACAAAGUCAACAUUACGGCAGAAGAGAGAGGAGUGGCAGCGAGUCGAGUUCCGUUUCCGAAAGGGGAAGCAGUCGAGUCGAUUCCCUAACUCCCGAGAGGAAGAUCGAGGUAACCGGCAUGCCCACCAUCACCAGCACUCCACGAUCCACUCCCGACAUCAAACGAGAGAAAUCGCCGUUGGUCGAAAAGAGUCGGGAACUCGGUGAAUUGGUCGUGAAGAAGGAGAUGGACGACGACAACAACGAUGCCGGACAAUUGGAGAAUCACCAGGAGGGGGGAAUCAAACAGGAGAUCAAACGCGAAGCGGAAGACAACGAAGAAGAGGCCGACAGUUUCCACAGCAACGGAGACAUUAGCAAGGAAGAGGAGGAGGAGAAACGCACCAGUCCGUUGACCAGUCCGCGUCAGCCUGUUCAUGCACCCGACAUCGUGCCGGCGAGCCCUUGCAGAAACAGCACGGCCAGCCCUGCGAGCAGCGACAGGUCGGCGACACCGAGAAGCACCAACGGAGAGAGAAAACCUCCGGGAGGUGGCAGUUUGGGGGCGUUGAGCUCGAUGUUUGACAGUUUAUCCGGUGCCAACGCCUCUUCUAACGACAACAACAGUCAAUCGACUGGCAAACGGGGCUCGAGCCAUCCGCUGGCCGCUCUGCAAAAACUCUGCGAUAAGACUGAAACUAACACAAACAACAGAUCCCACGGCACGGCGCCCCCGUCGUCGUCGUCGUCGUCGUCGAUUUCCGCCUCCAACAUCAUCACCUCAUCGGGCAGCAGCAGCAGCAGCGGCAUCGGCGGCACCGCUCCGGGUGCGAUCUUGGCCUUCAGUUGGGCCUGCAACGACGCCGUCAUGACGUCCGACUCGAUAAUGAAAUGCGCGUUCUGUGAUACGCCCUUCAUUUCGAAAGGGGCGUACCGACACCACCUGUCGAAGAUGCACUUCGUCAAAGACGGCGUCAUUCCCGAUCCGGUCGCGUUAAAGUCGUCGUCGCAACAGGCGUCGAGCAGCUCCUCCAGCGCCGGAAUACCGCUGAAGGGUACCACCUUGGUGCCGACCAGUUCGACGAGCGGCGGUCCCACGUCCGGCGGCAGCAAGAGUCCACCGGCGCCGGCCAGCUUCGAGGAAAGUCCGCACUCCAAGUUUCUUAAGUAUACCGAACUUGCCAAACAGUUGUCUAGUAAAUACGUGUAAAUAGUGUUCAAUAUAUAAUAAACAUUCCUAUUUUGUAAAAUAUAGUCUUGAAGGCGUACCCGCUUUGAGCGGUAUUUUGUGAUGUUAUCAUAUCGUAAAAACCAAUAGUAAUAAUAAUAAUUGUAGCAUAGUGAUACAACUGUAUUAUAUUCAUUGCGGAACUACAAAAAAAAAAAAUGAAUCUCAAGUGAUUAUAAUUGUUAUACGAGUUUUAAGUCACAAAAUGAAAAAAAUGUAAAUAUCGAAUUAAGUCAGUAUUGUAAGAUGUAUGUAUACUUUUGAAGCGGACGGAACGUGUCGCCGACCAUCUUUGAAAUUUGUGAAAACGGCAUUAAGCAAUUCAAAAAUUUGAAUCUGAUUAAUCAAUCAAUCAAUCAAUCAAUCAAUCAGUCAGUCAGUCAAUCGCUCUGUACGUACUAGUUUUCCGAAUUUCUCGGAAGCUCGGUUCACAAAAAUCUGUCCCGAAUCGUUUAGAUAUAUAAAAUUAAUUACAUUAGUUGUUGGUAAAAAUGAAAACCAUCGUACAUUUGGAAGUAUUACAAAUUAAAAAAUUGUAGUGUAAUUAAUUUCGUUUUGAACUACUACUACUACUACUACUACUACUGCUGCUGUUACGUUCGAAAGAAAAAAGGAAGAAAGAAAGAAAGAAGGAAAGAAAGAAAGAAAGAAAGAAAGAAAGAAAGUUUCAAGAUACCUACACAAAUAAAUAAAUAAAUAAAUACUACGUAUACGUAUAUCGUAAUAUCUCAUCUUCCAAGAAAGUUUUUAAAUAAAUAUUUAUCAAUAAUUAUACUAUACUGAAUAAUACAAAAGAUGUAUACGCAUUAGCUGAUAUUCAUGGCAAAGCUCUUUUUAUGUUAUUUAAAAUUUUUAAACUUUAUUUAAUAUUUUGUUGUAUUUGAUCGCAAUGAAGGCUCAAAUAAAUAUAUGUUAUGAA